AUUAAAAUAAUUUACUUACAGCCACUUGUAUUGUGUAAGAAAGAAAAGCAUGUGGCAUGAAGCUCGAAAACAAGAAAAAAUUGUAAAAAAAGUUAUCGUAGAUUAUCGUAAAAGAGCCGAACGUCGACAUGAUUUUUAUGAUAAAAUUAAACAAGAUCCUACAAAGUUUAUGCAGGUCCAUGGAAGAAGAUGUACGUUGCAUAUUGAUGAGAGUGGGCAUGGAAGUAAUAACCACAUGGUGGCAUGGCAGGGUGAUAAAUCAAACAUGAUUGAUCGCUUUGAUGCAAGAGCUCAUUUGGAUUAUAUUCCAAAUAUUGCAAAAGAUCAACCUUCCAGCGACACCAGCAAGGAUGUUCGUAAAUCCAAUUAUGAAAGAUUUCGAAUAUUGGUUUACAACAAACAUAAAUGCAUAAAGGAGUCGGAACAUUUAAAAAAAAUCUUUAUAAAUGAAAGUUAUGCUGGAGCUGUCCACCAUGAUGCAGAAGCACAGAAACAAAUUUUAGCUCCGUCAAGAGCCACGAUUGCUUUUAAUUAUGAUUCUGUCAAUGAAGGAACAUCUAAUAAUUAUAACAAACACAAUCAUCCACAAAAUGCUGAAAGUGAAGAUGAAUCAGAUGAAGAUUUCCUGGAUGAUGUUGAAGACAUUCCUCUCCAACAUCAGUUCAAUCAAGAUGUUCUUAAUGAUCUAGAUCGAUUUUCCAUUGAGUUUGGAAUGUUUAGUUCAGAUUUUUCAACUUUUCUCAGCAAUGACUUUAAAGCUUACAUGAAGUUAACUCAAGCUAAAGCUGUUGAACACGAGAAACAUAAGAUGGCUGGUAAAAAGUCUCGACGAGAAAGAAGACAGGCAAGAGAUGUUAAAUUGAGGAACCGAGUGAUUGGCAGACUGAGCUACAUGCAAUCUUCUAAUGAUUCUGAUAAGAGCAAAGAUUCAGAUAGCAAUUCAUCAGAGGAUGAAAGACCAAAGCAUGGACAAAGUGGAGAGGAUGUGAAAGUUCAGAACAAAAAAAUUCAAAACAGAAAUCAACACAUAGUGAUAAAGUUAAGUCAAAUCACCAAAAGAAGUCAUAUUCAAGUUCCGAGAGCAAAUCCCGCAGCAGACAAUCUCACUCAAGAAGUUGGACAAGAUUAUCAUCACCGGAUCGUUACUCGCAUUCAGAAGAUCAAAGAUCACUUAAACAUAAGUCUUCCUUGAAAAAAAUGUUUGUUUUAUAUUACCAUAUGUAUUUUAAUAACUUGAAGGGUAAAGCAUAUAGUUUCAUGUACCAGGUAUAUAUCUCCAAUACUAUUUUAAUAUUUUAAACGUCCCAAAGUUAAAAUUUUGUUUGUUUAUUGAUUUUUUUUAAUUUUAAAAGCUAUAAAUUAUUUAAAUUUGUUAUACAUAAUGAUUGAAAUUGGACAUUAUUAUAAAAAUUUAAAAAGGUUUGAUUAAAAAGCAAUUUAAAUCUGAUAUUUUUAGGGUCAUUAUUCUUUAAUAUUUUUGAUAAAUUCAUUCUAUGACCAUCAUUUAAUUUAGAUAUCACUCACCAUUUUUAUUUUAGUUGGCAAAGUUUUAAACCACCGCCUCUGUUUAUAUUUUCAUGAAAAGAUUUUAUAUAAUUUUUAGGUUUAAUUUUUUUCUGUAACUGAUGUGUCAAAUAGUUUGAUAUAUGAAGUCUAUGCUAUAGCAGCCUGCCUUGAUAAACUGUUGAUAAAAGUUAUUAAGUAAA